AUGAUGCAACAAACUAUGAACCAAAUGAUGCUGCACCAGAAACAAAUUAUAGAGGCUCUUGGGAAUAAGAGAGAAGAGGGACAGCUACCUAGUCAGCCCAUAGAAAAUCUAGGGAACUGCCCAACAAUAGGAUUUCAGCAAGGGGAGUCUAGUAGCAUGAAUCUAGGAAAAAACCCACGAAAUGAAAAUGUUAGGACAGUGAAUGUAUUAAGGAGUGGUAAGAUCUUAGCUGAUCCUUAUCCUCAAACAUUAGAAGAAAAAGAAAACGUGGACAACCCAAAACAAAAUCAAAUAGGAGUAGAAGAGGAUUUUAUAGAUUCUACCAAGGAAAUUUCGAAAGAGAGGACAACCAUUCCAUUUCCUAAAGCUCUAGAGCCUAGACAAAGAAAGAAAAAGGAACACAAUGAAGAAAUAAAGAAAAUUUUACAAGAUGUGCAAAUUAGUCUUUCUUUACUUACUGCCAUUGAACAUAUUCCUGAAUAUGCUAGAGUUUUGAAAGAAAUGUGUACACCAAAAAGGGCACCUAGAGUAGAAAAAUUAUCUAUGCAUGCUAGUGCAUUAUUAUUAAAUCAAUUACCAUAUAAAUUGAGAGAUACAGGUGCCCCUUUGAUUUCGUGUGAUAUUGGUGGAUUCAUUUUUCAGAAUGCAUUACUUGACACCGGUGCUAGCAUUAAUUUAUUACCUGCAAGUAUUUGUGAUAAAUUUAAUAUUUCUGAUCUUAAACCUUCUACUGUUACCUUACAAUUUGCUGAUAGAUCCAUAAAACAUCCUAAAGGUAUUUUAGAAAAUGUGAUAGUGACAGUUAAAGGGUGUAAAUUUCCAGCUGAUUUCGUAGUACUGGAAAUGGAUUUUAAUGGACAGUUUUAUGAUACACCAAUCAUCUUAGGGAGACCAUUUUUGCAUACAGCAAAGAUGAAUAUUGAUUUUCCCAUAGGUAUUGCGAAAAUUUCAUGUGGAGAUCAAUCAGUAGAAAUUAAAAUUUUUGAGAUAUCAAAUGAUAUUAAGAAAUCCCAAGUAUAUGAUUGUCAUACCAUAGAUCUUCUAGAUGAUUUUGAUGAUCCAGAUGUUAUUGAUGACUAUGUGCUGAAAGAAUUAGAGGAAAUAGAGAAUAUAAAUUUAGAAGAAAAGAAAGAGGAAGAUCAUCUGAAUUUAGAGUUGAAACCUCUUCCCUCUAGUUUAAAAUAUAUGUUUUUGGAGGAAAAUAAUUCAUUUCCUAUUAUUAUUGCAGCUGAUUUGAGUGAUGAAUAGGAAGAAGAAUUAUUAGAUGUACUUCGAAAAAAUAAGAAAGCUAUGGGCUGGAAAAUGGACGAUCUAAGGGGCAUUGAUAUGAGUGUAUGCAUGCAUAGUAUAUAUUUAGAGGAGGGGGCUAGAACUAGUAGGGAACCACAACGAAGAUUAAAUCCUAACAUGAUGGAAAUUGUAAAAAAGGAAAUUUUAAAGUGGCUGGCUGCUGAUAUUAUUUAUCCUAUUUCAGAUAGCAAAUGGGUUAGUCCUACACAAGUAGUGCCAAAAAAAUCAGGGAUUACGGUUAUAAAAAACAAAAAUGGGGAUGAAAUACAAACAAGACUAACUACCGGUUGGAGAGUUUGCAUUGAUUAUAGAAAAUUAAAUUCAGUUACUAGAAAAGAUCAUUUUCCCCUACCAUUUACUGAUCAAAUUCUAGAAAAAUUAGCUGGAAAAAACUUUUUUUGUUUUCUGGAUGGAUACUCUGGUUAUAAUCAAAUUUAUAUAAACCCUUUAGAUCAAGAAAAAACAACUUUCACUUGUCCAUUUGGUACUUUUGCUUUUAAAUGCAUGCCUUUUGGUCUGUGUAAUGCUCCAGCCACAUUUCAAAGAUGUAUGCUGUCUAUUUUUUCUGAUAUGAUUGGAAAAUGCAUGGAAAUUUUUAUGGACGAUUUUUCUGUUUUUGGCGAAUCAUUUGAUGAAUGCUUAAAUCAUUUACAGCAUGUACUUGAGAAAUGCAUAGAGAAAAAAUUAGUUUUGAGUUGGGAGAAAUCACAUUUUAUGGUUAAAGAGGGAGUUGUGUUGGGUCAUAUUGUGAGUAAAAGGGGUUUAGAGGUGGAUAGAGCAAAAAUUGAUAUUAUAUCUAAAAUGAAACCUCCAAAUUCAGUAAAACAGAUUAGAUCUUUCUUGGGUCAUGCAGGUUAUUACAGAAAAUUUAUUCAAGAUUUUUCGAAGAUUUCUGAACCUCUCACCAUGCUAUUAUCUAAAGAUAUGCCUUUUAAUUUUGAUGAGAAAUGUUUUGAGUCUUUUUCCGUAAUAAAAAGAUUACUUACUGAGGCACCCAUUUUACAAGCUCCUGAUUGGUCCCUUCCCUUUGAAAUAAUGUGUGAUGCAUCGAAUUAUGCAGUGGGGGCCGUUCUAGGACAAACAAAAGAGUCAAAACCCAUAGUAAUUUCAUAUGCUAGUAAAACUAUAUCCGAUGCUCAAUUAAAUUAUACCACGACUGAAAAAGAGUUGUUAGCUGUAGUAUUUUCGUUAGAAAGGUUUAGAUCAUAUAUUUUGGGAGCUAAAAUUAUUAUUUAUACUGAUCAUGCAGCAUUAAAAUAUCUGUUAAAUAAGAAAGAUGCAAAGCCACGUUUAUUAAGAUGGAUUUUAUUGUUGCAGGAAUUUGACUUAGAAAUAAAAGAUAAAAAAGGUUUCGAGAAUGCUGUUGCUGACCAUCUUUCUAGAUUAAGUGACACGGGAAUAAAUGCAGCACCUUUACAAGACGCAUUUCUAGAUGAACAAUUGAUGGCAGCUCAACAUCAACCAUCACCAUGGUAUGCACAUAUUGUUAAUUUUCUGGUUUCUGGAAAAACUCCAGAAUAG